AAUUGCGACAGCCGCUCCCGCGCUAGACAGUUUACUUUACCUCGUCGCUGCCGUCAGGUUCGAUCUCGAACAUGGGCAUAUGCUCCUCGAGGAAGAAUCGCCGCUGUUUGACGACCCCUCAAGCCUCCAAUAUGGCAGCUUUGGAGAGCAAAAUGUAACGAACCCGGACGACGAUAUGGAGGCCCAGCGAGAGAUUGAGGCCCUCCAACGGGUUGUGGCGAAGACCUCGGACAACAUGGUUGAUAUCUUUGAAGUGGCGCCACAGGGUGACGGCCGCCGUCGGUCGACACCUGCGCCGUUUGCCUACGCAGGCCAGGAGGCUCGCAUCAUGCGGUACAAGAAUCUUCUGUCGAAACUGGGCGCCAACAACGCUGGGGAAGAUGUCGACCCAGCCGAUGGUGUGCAAGUAGACUGGCUCACUGAAGAGCAAGAUCUUAUCGAGAUGCAACGCAAUGCGCCAAACACCAAGACCGACGACGAUAAGCCCUUGGUCGGAACCUUUGCGGAUGCAGCAGCCGCUAUGAGUUAG